GGCGACACGCUUCACCGGUCUCUCAUUGCCGAAAGGGAACGGAAGGAAACGCCAGUGCUUACUUCGGACGUAGCGUUACGCGACCCACCAAUCUCUUCCCCACUCUUGCCGCCUUCUGUGUACGCAAUCACGCGUCUUCAGCUUCCCGAUUUCGUGCCUAACCACGCCAGUAGACAAUGAGCAGUGCUGAACCACAGACGAAGAAAACGAAAAUGGCUUCAAGCUUGGAACAACUGAAACAGCUCACCACGAUCGUGGCCGACACCGGCGACUUCGAGGCGAUGAAAACGUACAAGCCGACCGAUGCUACGACGAAUCCGUCGCUAAUUUUGUCUGCGGCCGGUAUGGAACAGUAUCAGCAUCUGAUCGAUAAAGCCAUCAAGCAUGGACAAAAGGCGGGAACUUCCAUGGAGGAGAAGGUCUCCGAGGCGGCUGACAUGCUGUUCGUGUUGUUUGGCUGCGAAAUCCUGAAGCUGGUACCGGGUCGUGUAUCGACCGAGAUUGACGCACGCCUUUCCUUCAACAAGGAAGCAUCCAUCGCCAAAGCACUGAAGCUGAUCGCACUGUACGAGGAGCUAGGUGUAAAGCGGGACCGCGUGCUGAUCAAGUUAGCCUCCACUUGGGAGGGUAUUCAGGCGGCCAGCGUACUAGAAAAGGAACACAACAUUCACUGCAACCUGACACUGUUGUUCUCGUUCGCCCAAGCCGUGGCCUGUGCGGAAGCAGGUGUCACCUUGAUUUCUCCAUUCGUUGGCCGUAUUCUCGACUGGUACGUGGCUAACACCGACAAGAAGGCGUUCGAGCCUGAACAGGACCCGGGCGUAGUCUCGGUGACAAAGAUCUACAAUUACUACAAGAAGUUUGGCUACAAAACCGUCGUAAUGGGUGCUUCAUUCCGCAAUGUGGGCGAAAUUAUGGCACUGGCUGGGUGCGAUCUGCUCACCAUCAGCCCGAAACUGUUGGGUGAUCUGGAGAAGAGCGCCGAACCUGUCAAACCUUAUCUCGACGCGGAUAAAGCCAAAUCAGUGAGCCUCGAAAAGAUACACAUGGAUGAAGCAACGUUCCGCUGGAUGUUAAACGAGGAUCAGAUGUCUACCGAUAAGCUUUCGGACGGUAUUCGCAAGUUUGCUGCCGAUGGCCGUAAGCUCGAAACGAUGCUGCGUGGCUUACUGCAGGCUGCUGAGUAAAAACAAUUUCGGGAGCGAGGAGAAAAGCUAACACAUUGGUGCGAGCUGAAAUAAUAUCGGGAAUGAGGGAAAUUGUUAACAUUAAACAUAUGCUGCGUGCUGCUUUGUAAAGUCUACCGUUUCUUUUGCGUUUUGUUCUUGUUUGGAAUAAAUUCGAGUUGUUUAAAUAUUUUGAUAAUUAA